AUGCCUCAAGAUAACUGGGCCAUUUUUAUGAAGACACUCGGCAGCGAGGCUGCGGCCACAAACCCCCAGGGCGCUCAGCCAGUCAUCAUAUUCCAACAGCCCCAGCAUUGCCCUUCAAAGAUGGCGGCUGCCUGGAACAUUGCACUCAUUGGCACCCAUCCUGCCUCUGCGGGUUGUGGGGUCGGUGGUGUAAUGGUCGAUUUUGCCUCUGAGCGGGCGGGAACGGAUGAUGUCUGGGUGUACACCACCUAUGAGACACGAAUGCCAUUUUACCUGAAACGGGGAUUCGUGCAUUGCCAGACCAAGCGUGCUCCGGACCUGUAUGGCGGCGAUGCCGAUGAGUUUGUUAUGUUCCGUGCAGCAGUUCGUGAUAGUUGA